AUGCGCUGGAUAAGCGCACUUUCGGCGUUCUUGCUCUCCGGAGUGGUCGAUGCUGCCGGGCGAAGUAUAGGACAUGCAGGCAAACGCCAUGUUGAGCACGCGGCAGGAAAAAGGGUGAGGCCAGUUUUUCCGCCCAGUGCUCCUCUGAUUCAAGAGCGCGAGGUCAAGGCUCCCAGGUUCCUUAAUGCGAACACUACGAAGUUUGCCGUCGACGGAACUGCUAUCCCUGACGUUGACUUUGACGUUGGCGAGUCUUACUCGGGGCUGUUGCCCAUCAGUAGCGACCCGAAUGAGGAGAGCAACCUGUUCUUCUGGUUCUUCCCGUCGACCAACCCGAAGGCCGAAAAGGAAAUCGUUAUCUGGUUGAACGGUGGUCCGGGAUGCUCCUCUUUUGAGGGCCUGCUUCAGGAGAACGGGCCCUUCCUCUGGCAGUAUGGUACCUUCAAGCCGGUAAAGAACCCUUGGAGUUGGCAUACCUUGACCAACGUCGUCUGGGUUGAGCAGCCCGUCGGCACGGGCUUCUCGACCGGGAAAGUAACGAUUACCGACGAGAAAGAGCUUGCUGCUCAGUUCAUGGGAUUUUGGAAGAACUUUAUCGACACCUUUGGCAUGCACGGCUACAAGGUCUAUAUUUCCGGCGAGUCUUACGCUGGUUACUACUGCCCGUAUAUUGCCAGCGCAUUCCUCGAUGCUGAGGACAAGACGUACUAUGACAUGUCCGGCAUGACCAUCUACAAUCCCGUUAUCACUUGGGAUGAGGUUCAGGAGCCAAUCCCGGUUGUUCAGUUUACCGAGUAUUGGGGUGGGCUCUUCCCCUUUAACGACACUUUCCGUGCAGACAUCAAGGCCCGGGAGAAGAAGUGUGGUUACGCCGAUUGGAUGGAGAAGUACCUUGUUUACCCUCCGAAGGGUCAUAUCCCAAUGCCCCUUCCGGGUACGGACAAGACGGGUAAGACCCGUGACGAGUGCUGGAACAUAUACUGGGACAUCUUCAGCGCCAUCUCGCUGCUCAAUCCGUGCUUCGAUAUAUACCAAGUCGCGACAACUUGCCCCCUUCUCUGGGACGUUCUCGGCUUCCCUGGUUCUAUGGAGUACGUGCCGGAAGGGGCAAAUAUCUACUUUGACCGUGCCGACGUGAAGGCGGCCAUACACGCACCGAACGUUACUUGGGCAGAGUGCACUCCCAACGACGUGUUCGUCAACGGUACCGACAAGUCGCUGCCCUCAGCCUUCACCGUCCUGCCCCACGUCAUUGACAAGACAAAGAACGUCAUCAUCGGCCACGGCGCGCUCGACAUGAUCCUGCUCGCGAACGGCACGCUGGUUGCCAUCCAGAACAUGACCUGGGGCGGCAAGCUGGGAUUCCAGAACAAGCCGGAUCAGCCCUUCUACGUGCCCUACAACAACAUGACAGACCUGUCUACCUUGGCGGCCGGUGGCGUUUUCGGGAGCAUGGUUUCCGAGCGGGGGCUGACAUACGUUGGUAUUGACAUUGCUGGCCACAUGGUUCCGCAGUACGCGCCCUCUGCGUCAUACAGACAGCUCGAGUUCAUGCUUGGCCGCGUGAACUGCAUGAACUGCACCGUUCCGUUCACCACCGACCCAUUCACGCCGCAGAGCACCCAGCCCCUGGGCAAGGGAACGGCGCCGCAGGGCUGGAGUAACAAGGGGAGAAGAGGACCCCCUGGCCAUUGGAGGCGCAGAAAGUAA